AUGGCCGUAGGCGUGGCAAUCCUCGGCUUUAUCCUCUUCUGCGCAUGGCGCCUUUACUCCGCCAUUCAGUUGAAGAAGAGGAUUCCAGCGGGAGCAAAGCCUCUUCCUGGACCAAAGGGCCUGCCCUUUAUUGGUCGCGUUCACGAUGUUCCGGCAGAGGCGGCAUGGAUGAAGUUCCAUGAAUGGGGCCAGCAGUAUGGCCCAAUCUACGGGCAAGAGAUGUUCGGUUCUUACCACGUCUGGAUCUCCUCUGAGCAAGUUGCUCACGACCUCCUUGGCCGUCGUAAUGUCAUCUACUCUGACCGGCCCAUGAUUCCUAACCUCCCGGAUAACCGCACCAGCGGCGACUACCUUGCUCUCCUUGGCCGGACAGAAACAUGGAAGCGCCAGCGCAAGCUUUGCCACCACCUCAUGAACCAGAGCGACAAGCAGGAGCUCCACGCAUACCCGAGCCGCGAGCGCGAUCGUUUCCUGUGGCUUCUCUACCAGAAGCCUGCCGAGUAUCGCGAGUACAUCGAGCAGUUCACCAGCCGAACCGUCAGUCGCCUUUCUUGGGGUACCGCCCACCCGGCCAGAGUUCUGCGCAAGACCACCUUUGGCCUUCUCGAGACCAUCUCCCCUGCCGGUGCUCUUCCUAAUGUCAUCUCCUUCCUCAUGCACGUCCCCGCAGCGCUGUCGCCGUGGAAGAAGAAGGAGGCAGAGCGCCACGACAUUGAGUCGAAGCAGUUCACGAGCAACGUCGACUUUGUCAAGGAUCAGGUCGAGAAGGGUACCGCCGCGCCGAGCUUCAUCAGCACGUUUAUCAACGAGGGUCUCGGAAACGAAAAGGGCAAAUGGGGCGACCUUGCGGAGGCUCAGAACGUUGUUGGUCUCAUGGCCAUUGCUGGCGCCUUGACCAUCGGUAGCCCCAUCCAGAGUUUCCUCCUCGCCAUGCUGCACUACCCCGAAUGGCAGGCUCGCUUGCAGCAGGAGAUUGACGAGAACUGCGAAGGCAGAUGCCCUCAAUGGUCGGAUCGUGAGAAGUUGCCUUUAUUGAGAGCUGUCGUCAAGGAAGUCAUUCGGUGGAGACCCCCGGUCCCUACUGGCAUUCCCCACGCUGUCGAAAAGGACGAUGUUUACAACGGCUACUUUAUCCCUGCCGGUGCCACGAUUCAUGCUCUUGAAUGGGGCAUCACUCGCGACGAGUCCGUCUACCCCGAUGCUGAGACCUUCAACCCCGGACGCUGGGUGCAGCCUGAGUACCCUACCUACAAGGAGCCUCUCACUAGAUUCCCCAACCUCGACGGCUUCAGUCAAUUCGGUUUCGGACGCAGGACGUGCCAGGGUGUCCCCAUUGUUGACCAGGACCUCUUCCUGUCCAUGGGAGGCAUGGCCUGGGCUUUCAACAUUCGCAAGAAGUUUAACGCCGACGGCACUGAGGUCCCCGUGCACUGGAACGACUACACCCCUCUCCUGAUCGCCAAGCCCGCUUUCUUCGACUUUGACGUUGUCGCGCGCACGCCCGAAAAGGCCGACCUUAUGAAGGCCAUGUUCGAUGCCGCUAAGGAGGAAGACGAGAAUGAGGAGCUCAUGAUGAAGAUGGGUAUGCCUGACAUCGACACCCGCGAGAAGAAGAGGGCUGCCAUGUCUGUCAAGCCGCCUUCCGUCACGUUGAAUCUCCGCCAAAGAAAGGAGGAUGGCGAGCGCGAGAAGCAGUACCGCGAACACGAGCGCGACAUCCCCGGAUGCCCUGGCCGAUGGGCGACUGAGAGCGACGUGGAUUCGGGUAACGAGAAGGGAUAUGUUGAUGGAGAGGACAGCGCCAGCGCCAGCUGUUCCGGACGCUCGUCGCCGACGAUGCUGUCAUAA